AUGCUCUCUGCGCUGCUAUUCUUGGCGUUCUUUUUGAACCCGAUGAUUUUGGCACUGCCUACUGUAGUCCAGACAUCUACAGUACCUCAAAAUUCGACAACUGCAAGGAGUACGGUACCGGGAAAAGUGAAUGAGGUGCGAGAUUUGAACAUUGAACAGAAAUUGCCGUUUUUGAGAGGUGAGUUGGAUUUUGGGCGGAAAAAUUAGGAGCAACUAAUAAAAAAUUUAAAAGUCAACAUUUUGGCUCCAACUAUAUUCACUCAGGAGCCAACAUCGAUCAACGUGCCGAAUUCUUCUCAAUAAUUCAAGACGAAAAGCUGUCAAAAUCCGAAAUUUGGCAAAAAAUCGAACAUUGGUCUCAAAAUCAAUCGGAAUCGAUUCAAAACGACAUUCUCGAAUUCCAUCAAAAACUCGCUGAACACGUGGAAACAUCGAAAAAUCGAGUGGAAAAAAUCACAAAGCAUUUGCCAGAAGCUCUGCUGAAAUUAUCUGAAAUCAUUCAAAAUGUUGAAAUAACACGAAUUCAGGAGAAGAAUCGAAUUGCGAAUUUGUAUAGUAGUUUGGAUGAGGAUAUUUCGAAGACUUUGCAAUUUAUUAUACAAUUAGUUAGUUAUCAACAAAAUGAGGGAAAACAAUUGGAAAGACGAUUGAAAUUGAGAAAAUUGAAAAAAGGUGGAAUUUGGACUGGAAGUGUACAAGCUACUAAUAUUAUUUGAUUCACUGAUUAUCGAUUUAUUUAUUGAUUUUUUAUAAAUUAUUCAAUUUUCGAUAUAUCCCUUGAAAAACCUGAAAAACUUGAAAAACCAAAAAAAAAAGAAAAUACGUGCGCGUCAAAUAAAAUGCACUGCUCAGCGAUUUGGGAUGAGAAACCGGCGACGAAAAUGGUCUUUUGAGAAACAAACGAUAAACCGGCGACGAACACGCGAUAAACUGAUUCGUCGCUGAUUCAUCGCGAAUUGUUCAGAAAAGAAAAUAGCGAGCGCUUGAUUGUUUUCAUCGCUAAUUCGUCGCCGAUUUCUCGCGAGUUCAUCACGUAAAAGUUUGACAACACUCCGACAACUAUGCUUAUUGUUUAGCAUUGCUUUCGCGCUCGAAAAAACAUGUUUUUUUCAAAAAUGAGCGAUGUUUUUUGAAGUUUCUUUUUGUUUUCGCCUGUUUUUCGUAUCAACCUUCAGUUGUAGCCUAUUUACGAAGUAUUUUCAGUAUGUUGUGAAUGAAGUUCUGCUUGUUGGCGCAUACAAAAUCAACUAGAAUGUAGGGAAUAACUAUUUUGCAAUAAAAAGUAAGGUGAGAUGAAUUGUUCACAUUUCGAAAUGAUUGUAAAAAUCUGGAUUAAUUUAGAUAGAUAUCAAUGAACCUGUCUUGUGA